UGGGAAUCACCCUGGAUAGGAAGGCAGGAUGGUCUGCUUUUGCCACCUUUGGGGGGGCUUUGGAACUUUCGCCCGUCUCUUUGCAAGCUUGUCAAAACUCCUGCCCUCCGGCGGUGCUGCUGGACUAUAAAGGUCUAUUACCCUCAGCGCCACCCUUGCUAUGGUCAAUAAACACGGGUGGCACAGCUACAAUUCAGCAUUCCUGGAGGGCGGCUAAGCGUCCUGCUGAUACCUUAACCUUUGUUCCAAAAGAGGAGGUUUUGCUCAGACCACUACAAGUUUAUUCUUUGGGGGGGGGCUGCUGUUGGGUUACUCCCAGCCCCUUGGGUAGCUUUGGAUUCUUUGAAAACAGCUUGUGGAGAAGAUUGCUCUGCUUGGCUUUCUGGGACUUGAACCAUCAGCCUAAACUGCUUAGACCAGGAGUCUCCAACCUGGGUGGUCCGCCAGGCUUAAAGUUGCCCAGGUUGGAGACCCCUGGUCCAAGCCAUUGUGCGGUUUAGGCUUCACCUGUUUGUGUACAAUGCAGCCUCAAUGACUUUUGAAGUCUCUCUGGAAGCAGCCCGGCCUUCUCAACUAUGGGAAGAGUGGGGAGAAAAGGAUCCUUUCCUUGGCCUUCCUCACUUGGUAACCUUUCGAUGUGGGGAAAGUGUGGGUUGACCACUAUCCCACCCUUUGUUGGCCGGACAUUCUGACAGCUGGGAAGGCUUGGAGAAAGCGGGUUAAGCUGGAGACACCAAAGAAAAGAAAAACAAACUACAAUGAGGACAAUUUCGGUGGCUUGUUAAUGCCGCUCGAAUCCCAAAGCAUGUAUAUAUUAAAAUCAGAAGGGGAGGGGCAGGGCCUUUUAAGUUUGUGCACGGAUUCUUGAAUUGCUUCUAAGGAAACAUCCAAACACACACACACACACCCUCCUUUCCACCAUGUUGAGUUAUGUAACUGGGAGGUACUCUUCAGAGCUAAUCUGCCUGUUUUGCAAAAAAAGUGCUACUGUGUUAGUGGUUUAUUUUUUUUUUAUUAAUCGAGUGGCACUUAAAUCUGCCUCCUGCCAUAUAAACUUGGGUGGCUGUUGAGGCUAUGAAAGAAGAACAAGGAAGCUGCAGCUGAUGCUUCUCCUUCACCUUCUGCUUAUAAUACUACUAUAAAUAAUAAUAUACCUUGAACACCAUCAAAGAACAGCACUCGCCUAUCCCAAGGGAGCUUCCUCCAAAGGUCUCUUUCUUUCCUGUCAUGGCAACGAUUGUAUCCGAAAAACUCAGCCACCUCUUCAUCAACCUCCAGCACUUGUGCAAAAUCCCUCAACUUCUGUCCAAGGCCUUGCCUGCUCCAUCCUGCACGGUGACAGCCUCGGAGGUGCCCCAGCUUUUCCGGAAGCCCUACAUCCACGCCGGCUACCGACCCCUCCACCGGAGUUGGGCCUUCUACUUCCUGUCCCUCUUCCAGCAGCACAACGAAGCGCUCAACGUCUGGACUCAUCUGCUGGCGGCUUUCAUGCUGGUGGGGCGGUUCUGGCAACUCUCCCAGAUAGUGGAUUUUGUGGGCGACCCGCAUGCGCAGCCCUUCUGCAUCGUGGCUGUGUCUUCCAUCAUCUACUCAACCUUCAGCACCUUGGCUCAUCUCUUGCAAGCCAAGUCUGAGUUCUGCCAUUACACCUUCUUUUUCUUGGACUAUGUAGGGGUAGCCACCUACCAGUACAGUAGCGCUUUGGUGCAUUAUUACUACGCCAUUGAGCCAGAAUGGCACGCCUGGAUCUCCAGUUUCUACAUUCCAGGCGCAGUGGGGUUGGCUUGGUUGUCCUGUGCUGGUUCCUGCUAUGCCAAAUACCGUUGUCCACACCUCUCCCCUCUGCAGGGCAGGCUCUGCCAGGAAAUGCCCUCCGCUGUAGCCUAUGCUUUAGACAUCAGCCCUGUGCUCCAUCGUAUCUACACCACCACCAUCUCUGGGCAAAGUGACUUGGCUGCUACGUACCAUAAGUGCCACGUUUUGUGCUUCCUGGUUGCAGCCUUUUUUUUCGCCUACCCCUACCCUGAGAAGUGGUUUCCUGGGAAGUGUCACUUUGUUGGACAAGGCCACCAGCUCUUCCACAUGUUCCUCAUAUUUUGUACCUUCAUCCAGUUAGAGGCGGUGCUUCUUGAUUACCGGACUAGGCGGCACAUUUACGCUGACCUGCACGGCGACUUCGCUCCCUUUUUUUCCAUCAUGUGCCUUGUGGUGAUGGCUUGUUGUGGCCUCACCGCCCUCUACAUGACGGUCAAAGUCAAGCACAAAGUCUGGCCAAAGCGGGACUGAGUUCAGAGGACGCCGGCUGCUGGGAAUUUACCGCCAGUUUCUUCUUUAGGUGCACUUGCUCUGGGAAUGUCUGUCCUGCUGUUGUUUAGGAAACUGAAUAGGAUAGGUAGCUAUUGCUGGGAUCUUCCCUUCCUCUUGCACUGGAGAUCUUGCUUGCGGGUUGCUCUGUCCAGGCAAUUGAGAUGAUAAGUGGGAAGUUGCAUCACAAAGGAAGUGACCAAACUCUUUGAUGGAAAGGAAUUUGUGUUUUGUUUCCUGGAGGGCGGGACUGUAACUCUCCUGCCUCCGAUUGAAGGGAGAAUACGUUGUUGGUAUACCGCUACAUCCAGCUUUCUUCCUGAAUCAGAGCUGGCAGCCUUUGGGCCUUUUAGGAAUCCACUUGAUGAUUAUCAGAGUUCCCAGAUCCACAAAUGGGACCCUGGGCCAGAAGGAUCGGUUUUAGGAUCCUGAUGCCCAGAACUGGUUCUGAAUAUCAGAACUAGAUGGAGCAGACCAACUUCCUCCAUUUCAGCAAUGCUUGAGGGAGUAAUGGGUGGAAUGGUUUUCUUCCACUGUCGGCUUAUCGGCCAUGAACCGCACAGAGAAAUACCUGAAUAUAUCCUUUGGGUCUCUUUCCUUUUUUUAAGUAGUGGAAGAGCUUCCGGAAGAGAGAUUAGAAAUGGCACUUAACCAGCACUUCCCCUGGAGGAGAGGACUUCCUAGUCUCCAUAUUUUGAAGAAAAAUAGCUCUUGCUCUGGGUUUCACUGAUUUGGGGUUUUUUUUGUUUUGUUUUGUUUUGUCCAGCACCUUUGCACUAUGCAGUCCCACAAUUCUGCACCCUACUUGGGGGACGCUCGUCAUGCAGCACUGGUGCCUUCACAGGAUUGCCUUCUGCAAUAUCCAGACGAAAGCAUCCUUCCUUGUUUCGGGAAACCAUCUGGGACUUCUUGCUUGUCUACCCUGAGCCAGGCCUUGGGAAACCUGCCAGGUGGAUGUGCCUUCAGAAGAGCAUCUGUCUACUCAAAACUUUGUAUGUGGGGAUGGUUAUUACUUGUGAUGCUUUUCAUGCAGUGGUAAGCUCGUUUGGAGAGGAGAACGUGGACCAAGGCUGCAUCUCUGUUGGUCAAAGUGAGAUUUGAGAAGGGGGAAGAGAUGGGUUUUGAUGGGUACCGUUUUCAGAAGAAAGUCCAUGCAACUGGAAUGGGUUGAGCUAACAGACCUUAAAGCACUGCUCUGGAGCAGGGUCUCCAACCUUGGCAACUUUAAGACUUGUGCAUUUCAACUCCCAGAAUUCCUCAGCCAGCAAAACUGGCUGAGGAAUUCUGGGUGUUGAAGUCCACAACUCUUAAAGUUGCCAAGGUUGGAGACCCCUGCUCUGGAGACCCCUUCCUCCCAACUAUCUAUGGGUUCCUUGUAUCAAAUUUUUAACUAUCUGCUCAUCGACUACCUUUGAGAUCUAUUCCUCUAGGUUUUGUUUUUUUUAACACAGAGUUGAGGCUUCAUUGUCAGCUAUAAUAUGCCCUUUUAAAAAUGGUAAUGCCAAGGGUUGAGAGCGGCCCUUCUCCCAUGGCAAACAUUCAUGAUACCACCACGUGGCAGUCCCUGCAUUUGAAGGUCUUUGAGAUCCCUUCCAACUCUACGAUUCCCAACCAGAUUGCACUCUGAGAAGGCAUCAUUUUAUUGGGCCUUACUCUUCUAUGAGCAUAUCUUCAACCCUCUUUUAAAACCCCGUCUACGUUUGUGGCUGUUAUGGGAUCAUAUGCCAAAGAAUACCAUGUACGUUCUUCCUCAUGUUUUGGACUAUUCCAAAUUCCAAUACAUGGCUUACCGGCAAGUAAGGAAAUAAGCUUAACACGAGUGUCACUAUGUUUGCCUCUUAAGAGGAAUGAGGUUGCAUCUUCCAUUUACCAAACACACGUCUUAUUUUUAGCAGGAGAGUCAAAAUUAAAAUCCCUAAACACAGUCUGUUGAGAAAUAACUUGGGGACUCUUCAUCACAGGUUGGCUGUGGAUGGUCUGUUUAUUUCAGCCAUGCUAAAUUCCCUGGGGCCUACUACUUCUGUGUAAACAAGCAUGGGAGCCCAUGACCAGCUUCCCCUGAAUGCAGUGGGAUUUAACUUUGUCCCAACUCACUUUUACUCAUGUUUUUGGUUGGUUGAGACCCAAACACUGAUUAGUUACAUUAGCAUUCCCCAAACCCGUGGGAAUGAUGGACGCCGAAGUCCCAACUCCUGUGGGGAAUACUAGCCGAGCGACAUGCGCAGACUGAGACACGGUGCGGACAACUUGUGCAACACCAAGACUCAUCCUGGGUUUUCUAAAGCGGAGCAAUUUGAUGUGGUUCGACCUUUGCAAAAGGCUAGUAUGGUUCGAUAUUUAGACCACAGGUGGGCCCUGCCUUUAUUCCCUGCCUGCCUUGUGUCCAAAGUUGAGAGUGCAGACUGCCAGAAUUGGGGAAAGGGGAGGUAUCUCCCCCACCCCACAACCAUAAUCUGUGACCAAAAGUAAGCUUAAGAUAAGGUACAAAGAACCAAUUUUACAAAUCCUAAAGGGAAGAAUCAAAUAUCUGGGUCAGAUCUGUCUGUCAAAUACCUGAUCCACCUAUGAGAUUCCACCCCUCCUCUGUAUUUGAGCUUUAUCUGUCUUCCCAAAAACGAGCCAGCUCUGUUGGAGAUACAUUAAGCCAGUUGAAGUUUAGCUUGGUGUGUUCGACAUCAACAAUAAGGGGCCUUGUGCUGUCUUCUCUUCCCCCGAGUCCAAAGAUCUGGUGACACCAUCGUGAAAAAGCACGAGGUUCAAUCUCCUUAUAAAUUCAGGGUUUUGGGGAAAAAUCAGUUAGAAAAAUGGAAUAGCGUAGGAUGAGGAGGAGGGGAAAGCCAGAAGCUUUUCCUGUCAAUUUAGUUUUUCCCAGGCUAUAAACCACCUCUUGUCCAACCUCCCCUCUCUUAUCAGAAUUACAAAGCUUCCUAGCUCGAAGACUUUGGACUGGAAAUCAAGGGUCUCCAACCUGGUCAACUUUUAAGACUUGUGGACUUCAACUCCCAGAAUUCCUCAGCCAGCAAAGCUGGCUGAGGAAUUGUGGGAGUUGAAAUCCACAAGUCUUAAAAGUUGACCAGGUUGGAGACCCCUGGACUGGAUGAUAUUUAUGGAUGUGUACAUCUGGGCCGAAAUCUUUCUACCACCAAUUGUCCUGGAUGCUGAAAGAUGAUUUUUCAAUCACACUGCAGAAUUUUUGUAGAAAAGGAGUUUCUGGAUACAUGUGUCUGUUGAUUUUUGUUUUCUUGUCUCUCCUACAUUUUGUACAUGUUGGUGGGCUUUGACGCCUCCACUUAUUUCUAUUAAAAAAAAACAUUUUAUAAGCCA